CCUCGGCGGCGCUGCUGCCGCCGUUGCCCCCCACAGGGCUGAGCGGCGGAGGAUGGCGGCGGCGGGCACGGCGGCAGCGGCGGGCGCAGCGGCGGCGGCGGGGCCGAGCGGCCGCACGGCGGGAGCCAGCACCGUCCCGAGCAGCUCAUGGUGGCGCCCCAGACCCGCGAGCAGCGGCCGCGCCGGGGCCGCCAGCUGAGCCGGAUCCCGGCGCGCGGCUCGUCCCUCUCGACACCGACCCACAGAGCGACCCGUUCCCUUCUCCCGGCGCGCUCUCUACCCCUUCCCCGGCGCGACACGCGCCUCGGAUCGCCCCCGCCGGCGCUGGACUCCCACCACUCCCGGGCGCCGCGGGGAAGGCGGCGGCGAAGGGCACCGGGCAGCGCCAGGUGGCGGCCGGACCAUGGGCGCGAAGCAGAGCAGCCCCACCGCCGCCAAUGGCCGCACCCGGGCGUACUCGGGCGGGGAUUUACCUUCGUCCAGCAGCGGCGGCGGCGGCGCUAACGGGACCGGCGGGCGCUCGGCGGGCGCUGGCGGGCGGUACGCGCACCUGGUGGCGGCGCCUCAUGGCGCUCCCGGCGGCGCGACGGCGGCAGGAGCGGCGGCGGCGGCGGGAGGUGCCGCGGCGUCGGCACCCCGGAGCAGGUCCUUAGGAGGGGCCACCGCCUCCGGAGCCCGGGCCGCGCAGUCCGCCUUCAACAUCCCCCACAGCAGCGGCCCCUACGGCUCGCAGGACUCGGUCAACAGCACCCCGGAGGAGGGCGGCCGGGAGCGGCCCGCGGGGGGCGGCGGCGGCGGCUCCUCCGGCGGGCCCCGGCUGGUAAUCGGCUCGCUGCCCGCUCACCUCUCGCCGCACCUGUUCGGAGGAUUCAAGUGCCCUGUAUGUUCAAAAUUUGUAUCUUCUGACGAAAUGGACUUACAUCUUGUGAUGUGUUUGACAAAACCAAGGAUAACCUACAAUGAGGAUGUGCUGAGUAAAGAUGCUGGGGAGUGUGCAAUAUGCCUGGAGGAGCUGCAGCAAGGAGAUACUAUAGCACGGCUGCCUUGCCUCUGCAUAUAUCAUAAAGGCUGCAUAGAUGAAUGGUUUGAAGUAAAUAGAUCUUGCCCUGAGCAUCCAUCGGAUUAAGACAAGAUUCAUGUUUUUAGCUGCUUCCACUGAUCAGAAAACAUAGGAGGUGUGAGGUUCCCUUGCUGAACCCAGCGUGCCUGGCUUGAGACUCACAGUUCUUUGUGGCUGAAAAAGGCGAGGAUGGACAGUGACACGGGAAGAGCAGGGCAGGCCUCGGUUACUUGCCGGUAGCGCUCGGUGCACCAAACGCUCACGCAGAGGACUCACAGGGAUUUUGAAAAUGCUGCACAUCCUGGAACAAUCGACUCCCCACAGACAUUGCUGACACUAUUUUCUAUCGGAAGCCAAAGUUCCUAGUUCCAGCCUAACUUCUGGUUCUGUGAAGAGGCGGGUUAUUGGGCGUGUCUCCCGCUGCCUGCCCUGGGAGCAGAGGCGUUCGAUACGUGCCGUCUGAGACCCUUGCAGGAGGACGGGCCCUGGUGUUGAGUGGGAACGUUGUCACCUUCUCGUUGGCUGAAGAAGAGUAAAAAUGGCAAACUAAACAUAACCUAACAGCGUGACCUUAGUUUACUGAAUUCACACCCUGUUUUACGUUCCUCAACUGUUUGGGUUUUCUUUUUCAAGAGCAGGAAACAUAAACUGCUCUGCACAGGAAUACUGUAUUUCAGAAUUUUGUAACUAAACCUUUGUCACACUGCAGUCCAAAGAGUAAACAAACCCAAGGCAGGUAACUCAUUUAUAUUGAUCAAGCUAUAAGGAUUGUUGAAAUCUGCACACUGUAUUGCUAUUUAAGUAACUAAAACUUCUCUUUUACUGCUUGUGAGUAAAAACAACAACAAAAAUGCAGCAAAGCAAAAUCUUACAGCUAUGCAACUUUUUUUUUUUUAAAUAGGAAAAAAAACCCCACAAAAGAAUGACCAAUUUGAAGUGCUGCCAGUGAAGGUGAUUGGUUUAACGGGUAUUUUUUUAAAGACGUUUCAGGUAAUUAUCUUCAUGUACUACUCUCAUCUCCAGGCUGCCUCCUGAGGUGUAAAUGAAUAACUGCAAAAGUGGGCACAGCAAGAGGUUUCUAUAGGCACGGGCAAGAGAACAUGGAGGUGGGAUUUGUGUUUCAUUUUUAAAACACAAGUGAGGUUCCGUUUCUGUGUUUGAACGGGGUUGCUUUGGUGGCAGGGUCUGUAGUACUUUGCAUCUAAAUCCAUGGUCUCUUCAUGUGGAGAUCAGCAUUUGACAGUACUGUUUGGUUUGGGGUUUUGUUUUUAAAUGCACCUGCAUUUGUUGAAUUUGUUACUAUUUUACUCUAUUAUAUUGGUAUAACCAAUGCUCCAUGAAACACAGGAUGUCUCCGGGGAGUGGGACACCAAGUAAAACCAUGGAUAAAUAUUAGUUCCCACAGAGUAUCACAGUUAAAAACAACCAAUCAACCAACCCCAAAACCAAAAACAGGAAAAAAAGAGACAAUGAACUGGAACAGAUAUCAGGGCUUAGAAGCAUACUUUUUAUAUCGAGACGUAAGUGUAGUAGUUUCUGAUUUCACAGCACAGGGAAGAGUUUCUGAAUAUUUAUUAGCAACAGCAUUUUUAGUAGGUUUCAGCAGUUAAAUUGCACACCCCUUCAAACAUUUUUCUUGUACAUACACAGUUCUGCUUUUCUUGUUUAAGUGUGUAUUUCUCUCUUGCUACUGUGAUUCAUAUCAAAAAGGGCAAAGAACAGAAGCAACUGCUGCUAUCUGGAGAACAAGUGCAGUGCACGUUACUAAACUCUCCUGUCUUGCUCGCAGAGCAAUUCUUGCCUGGGUAACAUUUUCUCUUGAAUGUUGCUCAGUAAAAAUGCCUUUGGUAUGCUGCAAAUCCAGAGGAGUCCAAACAAGAUAAGUGUUGUAAUCUAAAGGAGUCCAAAUGAGAUAACUGUCGUAAUGACCAGUGCAGUUUCUGUGUUAUCGGGGCUCUCAUCACUGGUUUCACCUGAACCUGUAACUAUGGGGCCCUCUUGUAGUGUAUUUGUUCAGUGGGAGCAGAAGCAUUUUGUCACACUUUCAAUUCUGUGGUCACAUCAAAUGUACAGUCAGUCCCUGUACAGAUUCCUUUUUAGCUGAGACUAUUUGUGUUGCUUGGUAUUAUUGGGGGCGGGGGAGGGAGGGGAUGAGGAAUUACAGCACCUGUAAGACUCCAACAGUGGUGUUGCCUGCAAGGCCACUUUUUCAAUGUUCCAAAAUCCUGCUAUCUUCUGAAAGGAAAGCGUUUGCAUUUGCAUCGAUUUAAUGUUUGCUGUUGGCUUCAUGCCUACAGAAACUCACCUGUAAUGAUGUAAAGGGGGUAGGUAAGUGUUUUGGUGUCCUGUGCUCCGAGGUCGUAGGCAGCCUUUGGCUUGGGGACUACGUAGGUAAAUGUUAUAAACAUGAAUCUGUUUACAGCUUAAGCUCACUUUUGGUAGUUAGUAUUUCUAGUUGAUUUGCUGUUUUGGGUUUUUUUCCCAAAAACCUUAAUUCUGUGUGUUCAGAUGCAAGUAGCUGGUUUAGUCUCACUGCUGUCCUACACUUUAGGACCAGUGUUUGAAGAUGGCACGAGCAGCCGUGCUGACGCAUGGUUGUUGCAGGCCAGAGACCGCCGCUGCCUCCGUCUGUCCGUCAGCACGGCAGAGCAGCAACACCUCAGCUUGUUUGAGCAACUGACACAAAGUCAGCCUUAGAUCCUAGGUUGGCAUUCUUGCUAUCCAUAAAUCUCUCCUGAAGGGCUUUUCUGGGGAGAUUUUCUUGUAUCAAAAGCUGUGACACAGGCCAAGCGUCGGAUGACCCUGGAAGCGUGAGAGUGAUGCUUGGGGUGGAAGUCGCCCGUGGAAAUCCACCUUUGUCAGCUUCCUGUCACCCGUUGCCGUGGGCAGCUGGCAGUGGCCGGGCUGUAGAUGUAGCUCCAGUCAUAAAACGUCCUCACGGUGGUCCCGAGCCAUCGUGCUUCAGAAGGGCAAAAUAAACACCAAACCCGUGUCUCGAUGCAGGAACACCCCACCUGUCCCCCAGAAGCAAUAACUUCAGGUUCCAGUGCGCUGUGCUGCCUCUUUGGCUGUACAUCAAUGAGGUUGCCAACUCUGUGCUGUUUGCAGAGUAUUUUCUGUCAUCUGGCCUCUGUCUGCCCUAAGUGUGUAAGGGUGUGAAGUAAUAAUUCCCAUACUCAGGUCUGCCAUAAACAUGCUGCUAGCCAGAAGGGGAAGAGCAGUCUCAACACUUCCUUGGGAUGUGAGGUUUUUCUGAGCUUGUGGCCCAAGUAGCGAGGUGUGUUUGGAAGUUGAUAGCGGAGGUGGCUGGGAGUCGGCUUCUCUGUAACCGUACCGCGUGCAAUACCGAGAGCGCCGUGCUCCUGCCAGCACAGGGCCUGUCUCUUCCCAUCCAGGCUGUCUGUCUAGGGUAACACUUCCCUCUCGAAGGAGGUAGUGAAGUUUCCUUCAGCGGGACGUAAAAGCAAAAACCCGAAGCAUGCUGCAAGUCUGUGGGAUUUUAUGCUGGGGGCAGAAUAAAGCCUAAAAACCAGGUGGUCUUACUGGUAAUCAGCUUAACUUUGGUGUCCAAGGGUAAACGUGCAGCAGUGUUUUGAAAUGGAAAAUGUGAUUGUACAAAGAUGUCGGUCUGUACUUGUGACUUGUUUUUCCACCCUGCUCCUCCCAUUGGUGAUAUAAAAGGGAGUUUUAUGACUGAAUCACGACAUUUAUACCUUUGUCCUAGUUCUUAAUGUUAGGAGCAUUGGCUUUUUAAUGAAGCCUUUGCUGAAAGGCUUGGGAGAGCUGGGAAAACUGACUCCCAGAAGACUGAAAUCUCAGCAAAUGUGGGAAAGACAACUUUUAUUCACAACUGUGGGCUUUUGGUGUUCCUGAAAGGAUAGUGUCGAACUCAGCAGCUGUGCUUAGGAACGCUUGCAGUGGGCUGCCUUUGCUGUAGAGGGGCUUCAGGAACGUGCUCCGUUUCAUCCGUGUUCCACUGAAAGUGGGGAGCUUGGCACUGGAUAUUGCUGCUGUCGCUAUGUAAACAGCAGCAAGGCAUACGUUGGCUUGGAUAUUGGAUAUUGGCCAUUGUCUCUCUUGAGUUGCUGUGAAUUGUAGCUGGGAGAACACCCGUGUGCAAAUUUGGUGUUGCUCCUCUGUACCCGCUGGUUUUGCUCUACAGCUGGGAAUUUCCUGCCCAGAGACUAACUGUAUACUGGGGAGUGCAGAAGUGCUCCUAUGGAUCUUCCAGCUCACCUUUGCCACUGGAGGAUGAUCUCAUUUUUUUUGAUGAGUGCUAUAUUUUAUGAUUCACUUUCCACCUUUCCAAGCUUAAAAGUGAUUUUAAUAUCAGUUCCUUCCUAGCUGAAGACAUGAUAUAUUCUUGCUCUUUGGACAGGUUUUCCAUUGGCACCAGCAAAAGUCACGUAAGAGGUUGUAGCUGGAUGAGGAGGGCUAGUUAUGGGUUUGCUACAACCCAGCCAAACGUGUUUUUUCCUGCAGCAGUGUCAUCAGCUCGAACCACUUAACUUCCUGCCCUUCAAAACACUCUGUGUCCGGGAUUUGUUUCCCGACUGUAAAACAAUGUUUCUGCACAGCAAUCAACUUGCUUCUCAAAUCAGGUUGAAGAUGUCUUAGCCUGUUGGGUGGGGGUGGGGGAAACCCAAGUCCUUACUCUCAAGUUAUCUCAAGUUGCAUUUGGUUAUCUUACUACACAGCUUGGUUGGCUUCCCAGGCUGCUGCAUCCUGUUCUGUUAUUUCUCACUGAAGUACACCAGAGCUGACGAUGGGAUAAACUGUAAAAUGACCUGACUGGGGGCAUUGUUAGUUGCUGAAGACUUGCUCAGGUAAACCAUCGUUAGGAAUAUCCUGUGCCUGGAAAAGGUUGGACUUGGCUCUGUCUUUGACCUAAGUUGCCAGUGUACAAGAAGUAGAAGGCAGCAAGCCCACGAGCCGAUCCUUCUGGCAGCUUUUAAUCUAUGUGUGUCUGUUUGAGAGACUUUUGCCCUUGGGUGUGCUUUGGCAAAGAUUUUGCAACGAUAAGUAGUAUUUGCUUGAUUCUGGCAGAGUUUCAAGUGUAAGCAACCUGACGCUGCAAGAACGGAAUCUGUUGCUGACUCCCGUUCCUCUUGGUUCCUUCGAAUCUGGCCCUUUUAUUGCUAAUUUGUUAUAUUUAGUAGUAAACAGUUCUCCAUGUGACUGGUCACAAGCUCUCAAGGUGUGAAACACAAACAGGAGGAGACAUCAAAGCGUGAUUCUCGGUUCUUCCUGUAUAUGUUAAGGUGAAGCCGAAGUAGUUGUCAUCACACAGUCAAGAAUUCUCUCCUAGCUGAUAUUGCCAAAGCACUAUAACUUUCAAGGAGGAAGGGAGGUGGCUUAGCUGUACAGGGAUGCUUUAAUGAACUACUUCAUCUUAAAAGCUGCAGCAUCACACUGAACGAGCGGUGAUCCCGUAUUAACCUUAUCGCUUGGUCACAAGUCUCAUUCUGGCUCUUCCUGCUGGUAGGGUGCAGAGCGUAUGCUCCCUUUUUUGUAUACACCUCUUCCCACAGAGCCAACCCUGCCCGUGAGGUGGAGGGCACUCGGUGCCAGCUGCUGCAAUGCCAGCCGUAGGUGCAGUGCUAACGGGCAAGACGUCUUCCUUCGUUACCUGGAGCAGAAACCGGAAUGUGAUUUGCCACGUCUAAUGUCAACCAGGGGCGUUUGGUGGGGGUUGUGUUGCUUUGUUUCAGUGGAGCAGUAUGAUUGCAAGCUGUCAGUUGUUCUAAGGUACUCUCUUCAGUGGUUUGCCAGUACAUAAUCAUGAAUGAAAAUAUUUUUGUAUUGAUUUUUAGGUUGUAUGUUUAACAUUCCAUUCAUGUAAAAUAUGUACAAAUAUAUGUAAUAAAUCUUUUGAAGCACA